UCCAUCAACCACCACACCAAUGACCACCGACUCGAAGGAAAAUUUGCCUUGGGUUGAAAAGUACCGUCCAGACUCCUUGGAGGAAGUCUACGGACAAUCCGACAUUGUCGAUACAGUCAGAAAGUUCGUCCACGAGGGCAAAUUGCCGCAUCUUCUCUUCUACGGACCACCAGGAACAGGAAAGACUUCUACCAUCAUAGCAUUGGCCAAAGAAAUCUAUGGUCCCAACUACAAGAACCUGGUUUUGGAAUUGAACGCCUCAGAUGACAGAGGUAUCGAUGUGGUAAGAAACCAAAUCAAGAACUUCGCCUCAACCAUGCAGAUUUUCUCCCGUGGUUUCAAGUUGAUUAUCUUGGAUGAGGCUGAUGCCAUGACUGCCGUUGCCCAGAACUCUUUGAGAAGAAUCAUUGAAACAUACACCAAAAAUACCCGUUUCUGUAUUUUGGCCAAUUAUGCUCACAAGCUUAAUCCUGCCUUGGUAUCCAGAUGUACUAGGUUCAGAUUCCAACCCAUAUCCGAAUCCGCCAUACAGGAAAGAAUUAAAAAUGUUAUCAUCAAAGAAAGCAUCAACAUAGCAGAUCCCGCAACUGCUGCUUUGUUGAAAUUGUCCAGGGGUGACAUGAGAAGAGCCUUGAACGUAUUGCAGGCAUGCAAGGCUGCCACCAAUGGAGAAACGGACGAUGAAAUCGACGAAAAUAUGAUAUACGAGUGUAUCGGAGCACCUCACCCCAAGGACGUGGAGACAGUGUUAGAUUCGAUUUUAAAAGACGACUGGACCACUGCAUUCAUGACCUUGGAUCAAUACAAAAAGACCAAAGGAUUAGCCUUGAUAGACUUAAUAAGUGGAUUCAUCGACAUCUUAAACAAUUACCAAUUGAAGUCUAGCACAAGAAUAGAAAUAUACAAGGGAUUGAGUGAGAUCGAGUAUGGUAUUUCCAAGGGAGGAAACGAGAAGAUUCAAAGCAGUGCUAUUAUUGGAGUAAUAAAACAAGCCUUGGAGAGGGAGGAAUAAUACAUGAGCCAUGAUACUCGUCUGGCGUUCUAUCG